AUUUCCGGAAGCGAAGCCUGCCGCUUGUCCUCUACUUCCGCGGGGUCCUGGCGGGUGGCCGUGACCGAGUGGGUCCCAGGACUAGUGGCGAGACUAUAAUGCAUUUCAGCAGUAUCCUGAGUCUAAACCUGUCUAAGUGUGUGGAUCCCAGAAUUUGCUGAGAUGGAGGAGCCUCAGAAAACUGCCCUGAGCAUGAGAGAGCGGGAGGAGGAUCAUCCUGUCAGAGGCAGCGGCCCUCAGAUUUCCGUGAGUGAGUUCUCCUGCCACUGCUGCUACGACACCCUGGUUAACCCCACCACCUUGAACUGUGGCCACAGCUUCUGCCGGCACUGCCUGGCAUUAUGGUGGAUGUCUUCAAAGAAGACAGAGUGUCCAGAAUGCAGAGAAAAAUGGGAAGGUUUUCCCAAAGUCAACAUUCUCCUCAGGGAUGCCAUUGAAAAGUUAUUUCCUGAUGCCAUUAGAAUGCGAGUUGAAGACAUUCAGCAGAAUAAUGAUGCAGUCCAAAGUCUUGCAGCCUUUCAGAAAUAUGGGAAUGAUCAGAGUCCCUUAGGUCCCAGCACAGGGCGCGUGAACCAGCAGAGAGGAGGGGGAUUCUUCUCCGGCGUACUCACCGCUUUGACUGGUGUGGCAGUCAUCCUGCUUGUGUAUCAUUGGCGUAGCAGAGAAUCUGAGCACGGACUCCUGGUGCACAAGGCUGUAGACAAAUGGACGACGGAAGAAGUUGUCCUCUGGUUAGAACAGCUAGGCCCUUGGGCCUCCCUGUACAGAGACAGGUUCUUAUCUGAAAGAGUAAAUGGAAGGUUGCUUUUAACUUUGACAGAAGAAGAAUUUUCCAGGACACCUUACACCAUAGAAAACAGUAGCCACAGAAGAGUCAUCCUCACGGAGCUAGAGCGUGUGAGAGCCCUGGGUGUGAAGCCACCACAGAAUCUCUGGGAAUACAAGGCUGUCAACCCAGGCAGGUCCCUGUUCUUGCUCUAUGCUCUCAAGAGCUCACCAAGACUUGGCUUGUUAUACCUGUACCUGUUUGACUACACAGACUCCUUCCUACCCUUCAUCCAUACCAUCUGCCCUCUGCAGGAAGAGAGCUCUGGCGAGGACAUCUUUACCAAGCUCCUGGACCUGAGGGAGCCCACAUGGAAGCAGUGGAGAGAAUUCCUUGUCAAAUACUCCUUUCUCCCAUACCAGCUGAUUGCGGAGUUUGCCUGGGACUGGCUGGAGGUCCACUACUGGACGUCACGCUUCCUUAUUGUCAAUGCCAUGCUGCUGUCUGUUCUGGAGCUAUUCUCUUUUUGGAGGAUCUGGUCGAGAAGCGAGCUGAAGACAGUGCCCCAGAGAAUGUGGAGCCACUUUUGGAAAGUAUCGACGCAGGGACUUUUCAUGGCCAUGUUCUGGCCGCUUAUUCCUCAGUUUGUCUGCAACUGUUUAUUUUAUUGGGCUCUGUACUUCAACCCAAUUAUUAACAUUGAUCUGGUGGUCAAGGAAGUCCGACGGCUGGAAACCCAAGUGCUAUGAUUGGCAGCAAGGCCCCAAGAGAGCCCAUGAAUCUACCUGAAGCUGUGACAUUCAGAGAGACAAGGGACUCGUUUCUACCCCUGGUAAUGCAAGGUGCUGCUCCUGUGUGUCAGGCUUCAAUCAGGCCCCUUCCUCUGAUCCUGGGGUCAUGCCAGCUGGCUGCUACCCACGUCAGACUGGACUCUACGGUUAACACCCAGCCAGUCUUUUUACGGGGACUUAAAGAGGCUCAGGCUACUAUGGCUAACAGAAGUGAAAGCCUUGCACAUAAUUUGGGGUGACAUGCUGUCAAAAGGCCAAUAUAGGCUGGGUGUGAUAGUGUACACCUUGAAUCUGAGCACUAGGAAAACAGAGACAGGUGGAUUUUUGAGUUCAAGGCCAGAGUGGUCUACAGAGUGAGUUCUAAGAUAGCCAGGGCUACAUAGAGAAACCCUGUCUCGAAAGGAAGGAAGGAAGGAAGGAAGGAAGGAAGGAAGGAAGGAAGGAAUAGGGAGGGAGGGAGGGAGGGAAAAGAAAAAAGAAAUCAAAACAAAACAAAAAGAAAAGAUAAAAAGGAAGGCAGGCCAUUGUGGUCUUAACCUCACUGACUGACAGGCUCCCAAACCAGGCUUGUGGGAGUCAGUUCUGUCCCAUCUGUCAAGUUUAGGAAAACAAGGGUAGGUUUUUGUCAGAAGCAUAGAUAGUUGGGCAUACAAAAUAAAGACCUAGAAUCCAGUCAUAGUUUCUUACUCAAUAGUUGGUAGGUUUCAGAAUCAACCCAGAGAAAACUUCAGACUGAGAAGACAAUGAUGGAAGGCUGUGUUGUUCCCUGUUGUGAUCUCCCUUUUGUGAGCGGGGAGUUGGAUGGACGCCCGCCCAUCAGGCUGAGUCUUCUUAGGUUUCUGAUCCCUGCUUGGUGUUUUGUUCUGAAUAAUCUGUACAAUAAAUGCUGUAUAGACUGUUCAAGGCACAUUUUGUAAGCUGCCCUCAUACUGUAUAAUGGAUAAUCUUUAUUGUCCUGUUCUUUAGUAUAAAAGAAAGUAUAAUUAUGCCAAGUGCUGCCAUCAUAAAUAAUGAGUAAGCUGAAGGGUGACCUUUAUGCCAGUGUAGAUAACAGUGUCACAGCAGAUGUAGAGUGUGAGCUCAUCCUCCUUGGCUGAAACAGGCUUGCAUCCAAAAGAGCGAGAGAGAGAGAGAGAGAGAGAGAGAGAGAGAGAGAGAGAGAGUGAGAAGAUCGAGACAGAAGGAGAGAGACAGAGAAACGUGGUAAUUCAUUAAAUCUUUGUAUCUCAGAGUGAAGAUUUCACUUAAACUUUACAUUGAAAGUUUGGGAAAUUACUUGAAAUAAAAAUUAAAGGUUUUUAUACAAAUACAACCUCUAUAGAGAAAUCUGAUUUCUCUAAGGAAAUACAAGAGAAAACGUACAUUGCUUGAUGUGUUAUAACCUAGUUAUGUUGAGUUUCCAGCUCUGUGGGAUGUUGAACCAGGAUGCUUGCUUAGAGAUUUCUACAGGGAAGGAAGAGUCUUUCCCAGUUUUCUCACAGAACCCCAAGGACCACCUAACUUGUCUGCAUAAGACAGCAGCUCUGUGGCUCAGACACACUGUAGUAUCUGCACCCCUAGAGAGUCCUGUUCUUCCUUCCCAUGAGGAGGUAGGGGCUGGCUAACAAAUGUCUUGCACUGGUAGUGGCAGUCAUAGGUUCAGAAGUACCCAGGCUAGACCAUAUAUAGCCAGCCUCCCAAUAUCCUACCCCUACCUGAGGCCUUCCACACUGAUGCCAUGUUCACUGACACCACACCUCAAAGAUGAGUAAUGUCCAGGAAAAAAAGGAGAUUGGGCAUAAACAGAUGGGCUGGCACUCCAGAUCCCAUUAGAGUAGGCAUGCUCAGAUCCAGGAGCACUGGCUUGUGCUAAUGCUUGAAUCUACCUACCCUCCCAGGAGGCCUUGGGGUAUCCAUGUGAAAUGUUCAGACCCUGAAAAGUGGCACCUCUCCAGAUCUGAGCCUCAUAUAGCCCAGGAUGCACUCUUAACUGGUUACGUCGCCCAGGCUGUGGAUCCUUUAACCUUUAGAUCCUCAGAUCUUUGGAAUUCUGGAAUUACAGUUGCAUGUAGCCACACCCAGUUUUAUAUGGUGCUAGGAAUCGACCUCUAGGCUUUAUACUAACAUUCUACCAGCUUAGAGACAUUCCCUAGCCCAAAGUGGGAUUUCUUUACACAGAUCCUAAGAAAGUUGUUUUUGUUUUAUUUUGUUUUGUUUUUUGGUCUUUCAAGACAGGGUUUCUCUGUGUAGCCCUGGCAGUCCUGGAACUCACUCUGUAGACCAGGCUGCCUAAGAAAGUUUUACAUAAAUAGGAAAUGACAGAGCUGGAACUUUUAGUAUCCAAAAGUUGGCAGUGCUAGAUAUGCAACCCAGGGUUCAUUCGUGGUGGGCAAGUGUCCGGCCACUGAGCCACAUGCCCAACCUAAACUGCUCUCCAAGACGCAGUUUUCCAAGGUUUUACAUUAGUGAUAGAAAAGACUGAAAAUAGUAGGGCAUAGUCUCAACUGCAUCUUCUAAAACUAGGAAUGGACACAAAUGCUUACAGUAUUUUGGAUUAUACAAAUUUGAAUUAGAUUUUUUAGGUAUUUUUAAUAUUUAUCUUCUGUGCAUGAAUACUUAGCCUGUGUGUAUGUGUGUGCACCGUGUGUGCACCAUGUGUGCCUCCUAUGCAGAGGCCAGAAGAUGACACUGGGUCCCCGGAGCUGGAGUUGCCUGUGGUUUCCAUUUGCUUUGUGGUAUUAAAGCUGAUCUGGGGUCCUCUAAAAGAGCAGCAAAUAUCUUUUAAGUGCUAAACCAUGUCUUCAUCCUAGUUCUUUAUCAUUAUUAUGUUGCAGUAAGUCUCCAACCCAAAUAAGUCUGGCAAAAGAAAACAUAACUCAAUAAAUAUGAAUACAAGCUGCAGCCUAGAUUGGGCAGAUCUACCACUACCCUACUCUAGUCCCAUCUGUGAGACCCCUUGUAACUUGUGGUUUCUCCAGGCCACAGACUUCUCCUCCAGUCGCCUUUCACUCUCUCCCCUCCCCUCUCUCUCCCCCAAGCUUUUCAGCUCCACCUCCCUUCCACUGCCCAAUCCCCAGCUCUAGCCUUUAUUUUACAAAUUAAGGUGAGGUUCACCAGAAGUCACCUGUAUCAGAGAUUCACUCCUCUUCCGAGGCCCCUCCCAGGAAAGCUGAAUUAGCAUCAAAAUAAGACCGGAGCUAUCCCCCACAUUGUUAUUAAAUGGUUUAGGGUUUGUUGAUUGUUUGUUUGUUUUUAGUCUGUAAUAGUCAAGGUUCUCUAGAGUAAUACAACUUGAAUCUCUCUAUAGAAAGAGGAUUUACUAAAAUGAUUUACAGGCUGCAGUGCAGCUAAUCCAACAAUGGCUGGCUGUGAAUAGAAAUACAGUAGUUAUUAAGUCUAGCAGGAUGAGCUGGAUGUCUCAGUGUACCCUGGAAUCCUGGAAAAAGUAGUCUCUAAAGCCAGUGAAGGAGUGGACUUGCUGCCAAAGGGAGGACAAACAGGCAAAGAGCAAAAGCUUCCAUCUUUCAUGUCCGUAUAUAGCUUUCCAGCAGAAAGCAUAGCUCAGAUUAAAGGUGUCUUCCCAUCUCAUGAUCCCACUUCAAGAUCCCAAUUAAAGGUAUGUGUCUUCCUACCUCAAAGAUCUCAAUUGGAAGUGGAUCCACCUGCUUCAAAUUAAGCAAAAUUCUCCCAGGUGUAUGUCUUUGAAUUUUGGGUUUUAGGUAAGUCCAGGAAAUAAUCAAGAAUAGCCAUGUCUUGUCAACCUAACACACAAUUAUCUCUCAUGCCGUGCUUAAUUUCCAAAUGAAAUAUAUAGCAUAAUAUCUAAACAUAAUUAUUCCACUACAAUUACAAAUGCAUUAUAUAUUUAACCAGGUCAUAAUUACACCUAACAUAACCAUCACUCAGACAACUACAAACAUAAAUUUAAAAAAGGUGGCAAUAUCCCUUGAGGGAGUUUUUCAAGUAUCUCAAAUUUAAUUAUUAUAACCAUUGAUAUUCUCUCUCUCUCUCUCUCUCUCUCUCUCUUUUUUUUUUUUUUUUUUUUUUUUUUUUUGGUUUUUUCGAGACAGGGUUUCUCUGUGUAGCCCUGGCUGUCCUGGAAUUCACUCUGUAGACCAGGCUGGCCUCGAACUCAGAAAUCCCGCCUGCCUCUGCCUCCCAGAGUGCUGGGAUUAUAGGCGUGCGCCACCACAGCCCAGCAUUUUUGUGUGUGUGUGAGAUAUUAUCUUAAUUGAUGUUCUAUUACAUGAUAAAUUGAGGAAAGAAAACACAGAUAUAUGUAUAAACAUUGUUAACAAAAUAAGAUAGAAACACUCAUGCCAACCAUAAUAUUUUUUUCUGUCACUGGUCACAUGGUAUUAGCUAGUAUUUUUUUAUUUUGUUUUUCUAGACAGGGUUUUUCUGUGUAGCCCUGGCUGUCCUAGAACUAGCUCUGUAGACCAAACUGGCCGCCAGCUCACAGAGAUCCACCUGCCUCUGCCUCCUGCGUGCAGGGGUUCAAGGUGUAGGCUAUCACACCAGGCUCUUAGCUGGUGUUUAUAACUGCCUUCCUUUACUAUCUGUUUGGAAUUUCCUCCACCCUCCACAAGAAUUUCAGCAGGUCUUGGUUCUUUUCCUGGAGGAGUAACCCAUACUUUCAUUUCUGGGGUGCCUCUGCCCUUUGUCAUCUUGCCUGAAUUAGGCUGUUGUAAUUGCCCAUUGACUUCAAUCACAGGACUUGGUACCACCAAGAGACCCCUAAGAGAUCUCCUCAACUCCAGACUGUCUCAGGAUUUUCCCUGUCCAAUUACAUUAGUGCAAAGACUCAAGCACAGCAAAGGUUAAACAAAGAACCACUGGCAGUGCUGAGGUCCCCUGCUGUGAGAGCUGAGAGCGCAGGCGGCUCUGAGAGUGAAAGGAAGGCGGCUGCUCUAGUCAGAGCAGACCACAGAGGGGAUGGAGAGCUUCCCUUGCCCCACAGGAAGCUCAUACCGUCUAACAUGGUCUGCACAGGAAUCUUGACUGACUUUUCCUUCUUGGCAAGCUAGGAAAGGCCUAGUAUAGGCAAAUACAGUAUCUUAGUUUAUUUCAUUUGUUUUAGAUUGUUUUGAUUUUCAAAAUGGGUGUGACUUUGAGUUUUGUGGUUAUACUAUUCCUCUGGGAGAGAAGUCUAAAUAAAAGGUUUUCUGAUUACUCUUUCAAGGGUAUACUGAUUUGGGGAAAGGGUUUUGUCUGUGGUUUUGGGAAAGGUGAUUAAGGUAUUUACACCUUAAGGAUCAGAUAUGAAGGGAACCCUCCCAGGACUAGAUUCCAGAGAAUCAAACAAAAUAUAUAUCUCGAUGAUACUAAAAUUUUGUUUUGAGAUUUAUAUCUUACAGAAUAUACAGCCUUGGUGAUUUUCCUCGUCAGACAUACUGAACUGACCUGCUUGAACUCCUAAUGUCCUGGACUUCAGUCAGAUCCAGUCAAGACACAGACAUCAGAGACUAAUCAAUCCUAUUUUCCCUAUCCUUACCUCCCCCUCAAUAUCUCAACGUCCAUAUUCAACUUGAAGAAGUUAUGAAGAGUCGUCAACCCAGUUCCCUGGGCUUUGGGGCUGGAGAGGGUUAAUAGGUUUAUAGGGAAUUCCCUUUAUAGGGAAUGUAGAAAUGAUCAUAUUUCGAACAGGGAGGAAAUUGAUUGUAUAGCCAUAAUCUCAUUUGGUAGAAAUAUUUAUAACUGUUAUGAAGUUGAAGUUAUAAGUUCUUAUUUUGGUUCAGAAUUUAUUUUGAUGCAAAAUCAAGGUUUUUAUUGGUAUAAAUUUCUUCUAUUGAUACUAAAAGGUUGUAAGUGCAGGGCUUAGCCCCAGUCCAUCUAUUGCUGUUAUUAUAACAGGUCUGAGAUGUUUAACCCUGUGAGCUUAGGGCCAAACAGCAAAUUCAUGGCUCUAAGUUUAUUGUUAGGGUGUUUUCAAGAUUUUAAUUAGAAAUAGCUGAGAGUAGUUGAUGUACAACAGUCCAGAUUAUUUUACAUAGAUUGUUGAUUUUCAAAAAUAUCAGAAAUCUACAGAAUGUGACUGUUAUUUAUUUACUUGUUGAGACUAGUCUGUUCCUGACAGCUUUCCCUCUCUUGGAUUCAAAGAAGAAAUUGAGCAUCUGUGUUACUCCAGUUGUGGCGAGACAGCCAUUAGACAAGAAUUGCCUCUUUUCAUCUACAGACUUAAUACUGUCCAAAGAAAGGACACAAUUACAGGUUUAGGCCAGCUUGAUUCUGCCGAGACAGAGUAGGCUGGUCCUUAAUAUUCCUGUUUCUCUAAGUCUGUCAGAUGACCCUGGCCAGAGGGCUGAAGAACAAUGCUCCAACCAACUUUUGAUGUGAGGGACUGUCCAGAUGUUCAUGUCUGUAUGAAUUGGCUAAGUUUUGGAAGCUGUGUUAAGCUUCCUAUAUAUUUUCAAUUAAUAUCAGUUGAACUAGGAUUUCUGAUGGGAUUGAAAACCUACAUAGUCUCCUGGCCAACCUAGGCUUUUUACUUUGAGAGGAACAGAUUUAAGAGGUUUUUAGACGGCAUUCAAUCUAAAGCCAAGACAUAGCCAGAUGCAGAACUAGAGUCUUUUAAGCUGGGAUAGAGUACAGUUUUCAAUUUUAUUGGCAAAAAUGUUGGGUUGGGUGUUAGACCUAUCUUAUACCAUAUAAUUUACAAAAUGGUAAUAGUUGUGCACAAGUUUUACUUUGAGAGAAAGGUUUCUUUUUUAAUUUAAUCAAACAGAAAAGGUGAUAUGUCGCAGGAUUUUCCCUGUCCAAUUACAUUAGUGCAAAGAAAGUAUGUAAUUGGACAGGGAAAGGGGGCAGAGCUAAAGUGGAGAGAGGGAGUGGGGUGUGUGUGUGAAGAAGAGCAGUGGCCACAGGUGUGAAUCCGCAUGGCAUUUAUCAGCCACAAGUAGCAAACUUUUCACAAGGUUAGAAACAUUGGGAUAAAGCUUUUGUCAUUAUUGAUUGGCUCUAAAAUUAUUGUAUUGGCAUCUUGUAAAUUGUGCUACUUAUAUAUAAAUCUGAUUGGUUAAUUAA